AUGGCCACUUACUUCUUAUCCCGUCAUCUUGACGUUCAAGUCAAGCUCCAAGCCGAGCUUGAUGAGGCACUUUCCUGCGUGCACUCGGAUGUCGCGCCAUACGAAUCAAUCAAGAAUCUCCCAUAUCUGAACGCAGUGAUUAACGAGAUGCUCAGACUACAUACCCCCGUUGGUGCAGGGCUCCCACGAAUCGUGCCGAAGGGCGGGUUGGAUGUGCUCGGGCAUGUCUUUGAAGAAGGCGUGUGGUUGAGCGUGCCAGUCUACAACUUGCACAGAAGCACGGAAAUCUGGGGCAGAAAUGCAGAUGAAUUCAUUCCGGAAAGGUGGAUCGACGUGGAUGCAAAAGCAAAAGCGAGGAUGAUGCAGUCUUUUGCGCCAUUCUCAAUCGGGCCGAGAGGUUGUAUUGGACGCAACCUGGCUCUCAUGCAGCUUCAUAUCAUGAUAGCGACACUCUUCCGCAGGUACAGCUUCGUUGUUAGUAACAGCGACAAACCUCUUCCAAUACAGGAUAGUUUAGUCCGAAAACCGAAGGAAUGCGUGAUUGGGGUGUCAUACGUCUGCGUCGUCGUUCUGGACGAUAUCGUGAACUAA